AUGUUCACAAGUAGGAUGCCUGGGAACAGUCUAGGGUGUUGUCCCCGCUUCCGAUCUCCCGUUAGCGUUUGUGACGGUAAAGUGUUUAAGACUAGUAAGAAUCUGGAUCUGAUGAGCUCAUGCAAGGUCAACCUUAUCGGAGCGCUUGUGUCUCGGAGUCCGCAGAGGCGCGAGAUUGCUGCAUACUCGACGGUGUUCGAUGUGACGCCUUCUGCAGCGGCAUGCCUUUGCAUAUGCGGCACUGACGGAGGCAACGGUGGCGCGGGCCGCAACAACAAUAACAACAACAACAACAAAACGAAGUACGGUCACAGUGGCGAUGACGACAACAGCGGCCGCGAACCUGACUUUGGCUUUGGCAAAGAGCUGUGGAUGCGAUGUUCCCGCCAUGCGCUGCUCGGCGCGCUUGCGCUGCUCACCGCUUCAGCGACCUUCUCACCUCCAAGCUACGCUGCCCCAGGUUCUCUUUUUGAUUCCUGCAACAACAUUGAGACCUCCAUACAAACCCCCCCGCUCAGCUCCUCAGCGCCAACGGGCGGCGGCGACUUUUUCCUUGAGAGGUCAUCUUCCUUAAAACACCGAUUUAGCACCGAGGGCGGUCGCAGCGGCGGCAGCUCCGCCUCCGCGUCCACUUCCUCCUCCCCAAACCGCCCCCUGCCCCGUUCCAAGGUGAUGCACGUGGCCUGCAAGGGCAGCACCCUGGUGGUGCCCCUGACGGGGGCCGGUGGUGACAAGGUUCCCUACGCCCAGUCCGGUCGCGUGUCGCUCCCCUGGCAGCGCAAGCGGGUGGUGGAGGCGCCCAUACAGCUCUCGGAGAGGGAGGCGCGGAUGAUUUUGUCUAGCCGCCAGAACCGCGUGCGGGAUAGCCUGCUGGUGCACGCUUGGGAUGAUACUUCUUCGUCUGCGGCGUGCCCGCCGCGUGUUUCAUAUUGUAUGCUCUAUUUCUGUUAUACCCUUUUUUGCGGCGCUUUCCAGUGCUUUGUUGUUGGAUUCAAGAUGGGAGCCUUGCUUUGCGACAGAAGCUUUGAGGCCCUGGGGGGGGGAGGACCAAGAUCGGGUGGAUGGUAA